GUCACGCAUGCGCUGAGCCUUCUUGUCCGUAUUCCCGCCCCCCUCCCCGCCCCUCUCUGUCUUCUCUGCCCUGGGAGCAGCUCUCCUGCCACGGCCCCUCACUCCCUGAAAAUGUACGCCUGCUCCCGAUUUGUUUCCACCCCCUCCUUGGUCUGGAGCACCUCCCCGCUGCUGAGCCGGCCACUGUCUGCAUUAGUACUGAACAGACCAAAGACACGGACAGAUGAGAGCCUCAGCAGCUUUGUAGUCCCUCGUUCCCUGAACUCACUUGUCCCUAGCCGCAGCUUCCAAACCAGCAUCAUUUCAAGAGACAUCGACACAGCAGCCAAGUUCAUUGGUGCUGGGGCUGCCACAGUUGGGGUGGCUGGCUCUGGGGCUGGGAUUGGGACUGUGUUUGGGAGCCUCAUCAUUGGUUAUGCCAGGAACCCUUCUCUGAAGCAGCAGCUCUUCUCCUACGCCAUUCUGGGCUUUGCCCUCUCAGAGGCCAUGGGGCUCUUCUGCCUGAUGGUGGCCUUUCUAAUCCUCUUCGCCAUGUGAAGGAGCCAUCUUCGCCUCACAUAGUUCUUUCUCCCAUGUCUCGUCUGCCCUAUAUGUUCCUUCCCAUAUACUUCCCCAGGCUGCCUGGGGAAAAUGACUGGCUCAGGGUUUGACAGAGGGAAGAUAAAUAAACACUGUAUUAAUAAGGUG